AACAAACACAAGAAAGAAGAAAAAGUCCAAAGCUCUAUUCCCAGCGAAGAACAAACACAAGAAAGUCCAAAGUACAAAACUCAGCGAAGAACAAAUACAAGAAAGGAGAAAAAGUCCAAAGCUCUAUUUCUAGUGAAAAACAAAUACAAGAAAGUUUAA